CAGAAACCAGCAAUAUGCCCCAACUUCCACUGGUGAUGCGAUCUACGGAAGAUUCAAUGCGAGGACGCCCACGGCUGCUCGCCCAGCCGCAGCCUCAUCUUCUAGGACUUGGCAAGGAGGUAAUCUCCAGGCCUCCACCUCCCAUCGUCGUGGUGAAAUCCACGUCACAAGCAAUCAUACUACAAGAACUGGUGGCUGUACUAGUACAAAAAUAAAGAGACCACGCUGUAGUACAAUUACUCAUGUGUCAACCUACCACGAGCAGUUGUACGAGAUUACAAGACGAGACGACGAUUAUGAUGAUGUUGGUCGUCGAGUAGUGGAGGAGAACCAGGGAUGCCAGCUCGUCCCACAGGAGACGCUGGAGGAAAUCGGUCUACUAGAGUUUCCUGAGGAGGCGCUUCGGGAAUCUCUAAAGGAGCAAGGGCACCCGGACAUGCCCAACGUCGACGUGGCACUAUUUCGCAAUACCUGCGUUCAUUUGCUAACCCAUCUAGUAGCAAAUGGCGCCUACCUACCGAGGAAUGCUUUCAGCGAUGCGUCUUCGGAUGCUCACAUCGGCGACGUCCUCCUUACUCUUGUCGUCCGUCUUGUUGCCAGGAACCUUGGUGCGACACCGCAAAUCGCCGAAUUAACGUCGCAGCGACUUGUGUUUCUCACUACGCACUUGCUGGUGACACCGGCAGACAUAACUCCAGGAUCAAAAACCGUGAGAGGUCAGAAGCGGUUGAGGC